GUAUUGUUAAUUAUUCAUUCCUUGUUUUUUAGAGCAAUAACUCAAACAAAGAAGGAUCAAACCAGAAGGCAGAGUUUGCAGCAAUGUUGGAAGCAGCCAAAUCCAAAAUCCACCAGUACAAAGUGAGAGCCUACAUUCAGAUCAAGUCAUCCAAGGCCUGUAAAAGGGAGAUCAAAUCAGUGAUGAACACAGCAGGGAAUUCUGCACCCUCACUCUUCCUCAAGAGUAAUUUUGAGUACCUGAGAGGGAACUAUCGCAAAGCAGUGAAGUUGUUAAACAGCGCCAACAUCGCAGAGCAUCCUGGACCCAUUAAAACAGGUGAAUGUAUCCAAUGUAUGUUCUGGAACAACCUGGGCUGCAUUCACUUUGCAAUGGGUAAACACAACCUAGGGAUAUUCUACUUCAAGAAGGCGCUGCAGGAGAAUGAUCAUAUGUGUGCACAACUGGGAGAUGGCAGCAACAAUCAGUGUAAAAAGCUCACAGGUAUCCCUAUGUGUGCUUUGCUGUCCAACAAGCGCUAUGAGCUGUUGUAUAACUGUGGUGUUCAGCUGCUGCAUGCUGCCAGGCCCCUGGCAGCAUUUGAGUGUCUUAUGGAGGCUGUACAGGUUUACCACUCCAACCCUCGACUGUGGCUGCGCCUUGCAGAAUGCUGCAUCUCUGCAAACAAAGGGGGGUCAGAACAGGAACGCAAAAGUUUACCUUGUAAAAAAGGAAUAGUCCAAUCUGUAAUUGGGCAAGGUUACCAUCGCAAGAUUGUCCUGGCGUCACAGUCUUCACAGAACACUAACUACAGCGAAGGCCAGUCAGCAGCCAUCCCUGUAGCAAGUAUGGAGUUUGCUGCCAUCUGCCUGAGGAACGCUCUCCUGCUCCUGCCUGAACACCAGCAGCAGGAUACCAAGGCAGAGAACAGCUCCAAGAACUCUAGUCAGUCAGGAAGUACGGAGAGCGGCAGUGAGAACAGUGAUCCCUGCAGUGGGAAAAGUCAGGAAGUUGAUAAGUUUUUUUCUGCUUCUCCAUCAUCUCCACUCAGAAAACAGGAGGUAGAAAACCUCAGGUGUUCCAUACUGGCUUGUAGUGCCUAUGUGGCCCUGGCACUGGGAGAUAACCUGAUGGCUCUGCAUCAUGCUGAGAAGCUGCUUAAUCAAACCAAGGUGUCUGGGUCCCUCAAGUUCCUGGGUCAUCUGUAUGCCGCUGAAGCCCUUAUCUCCUUGGAUAGAAUAUCUGAUGCAAUCACUCACCUCAACCCAGAGAACAUCAGUGAGGUGUCAAUGGGUGUGCUCACCAGCGAGCAGGACCAGGGACAUGAAAAGGGAGAUGAGCCAAUUGAGCCCUCCGCGAAGAAGAUGCCAUUGUGUUACCCUAGCAGUGUGGCAACCGCUCGGGCCAUGAUGCUUUUCAACCUGGGUAGUGCUUACUGUCUAAGGAGCGAGUAUGACAAGGCCCGCAAAUGCCUACAUCAGGCUGCAUCAAUGAUGAAUCCCAAAGAGAUUCCAUCUGAAGCGAUCCUUCUGGGGGUGUACCUCGAGCUACAAAAUGGGAACACUCAGCUGGCCCUACAGAUUAUCAAGAGAAACCAGUUGUUGCCCUCAGCAGUUCACAGGUCCUCCCCAGACUUUCGCAAGAAACCUUCCCAACCAUUCCAGUCUGUUCAGCCCAUCCAGAUGCCUUCAUCCUUCACACAAGUUCAACGUAAAUAAAUCUCUGCAUUCAAAUCCCUGUAGUUACCAAUCAGCCAACCUUAAUGUCUGUGAAGUUUCAGGAACUGAAUAACAUGGCGCUAUAGGGGUGUCCAGUAACUGACAACAACUGGAUGUUUGAAUUUGACUGAAGAAUUUGUGCUGUAUGAACAAUGAAAAUAAAUGUAUUUACUGCA